UAUAGAUUCGCUUUAAUGAUUGAAGCAAAUUUACUAAAAAAACCUUUUCAUUUGGUUUUCCAUAAUGUUUCAACAGAGAUGGUUAUGGCAGCAUCCUCUCAUAGUCAAAUCAUCGAACACUAGAUGUUCAAUAAUCACAGAACAAUAAUGGCUUCUCCGGCACCAAUCCUUGCCACAAUCCUGCUACUUUUGGUCUGGAUCUUCUCUUCAGUGACCUCGCUGCAGACAAACGAGUACACAUGGGGUCCAUUCAACAGCUCUUACUACGACGUCUUUAAGGUGGUACCUCCUGCUACAAUCAGCAAUGGAGCUCUUCAAAUCACUCCUGAUUCAGCCGGAAAUUUCAGCCUCACCAACAGAUCUGGCCGGGUCUUCUUCAAUCAAGGGUUCAAGCUCUGGGACGAAGACGAAGGACAAGGAAAUGUGGCUUCCUUCAACACUUCCUUUGACAUUAACAUUUACUGGAUGAAUCAAUCGUCUCCUCCCGGAGAGGGCUUCGCCUUCCUAAUUGCGCCUGACACCAGUCUUCCCCUCGCCAGCGACGGCCAGUAUCUCGGAUUGACCAAUUCCACCAUCGAUGGUAACCCCAACAACCACUUCGUCGCCGUUGAAUUCGACACCUUCAAGCAGGACUUUGACCCCGACGACAACCACGUUGGUCUUGACAUUAACAGCAUCAAAUCUAACAAGACUGUGUCAUUAUCAAAAUUGGGCCUCCAAAUCGCUCCGAAGGAAGCCGAAAACUACACCGUCUGGGUCGACUACGAUGGUCAAAAGAAGAUCUUGGAUGUGUAUUUGGUUAAACAAGGAGAGACCAAGCCCGCCGUCCCCCUUUUGAGCUCGGAUCUUGAUCUCAAAGACAUUGUCAAACAGGAAUCCUACUUUGGGUUCGCAGCCUCCACCGGGACCACUAUCCAGCUCAACUGCGUACUCGGAUGGAAUCUGACGGUGGAGGUGCUUCCCGGAAGUGGUAGUGGUGGAAAUGCCGUUGACCACAAUGGUGUCAAGAUUGGAUUGGGAAUUGGGGUACCGUCUCUGUUACUCAUUGUUAUAGGAGUUGCAGGAUUCACCUACUGGGUGUACAAGAAACGGAAAGCAGCAUCAGACCCAAAUAUACUGGGAGCUCUCAAGAGCCUCCCUGGAACUCCAAGGGAGUUCAGCUUCAAGGACCUCAAGAAGGCAACUAACAACUUCGACGACAAGCAUAAGCUUGGUCAGGGCGGUUUUGGUGUCGUCUACAAAGGUGUCCUUCCCAAAGAGGAUAUGGAGGUUGCUGUCAAGAAGUUCUCCAGAGACAGUAUCAAAAGCAAAGACGAUUUUCUUGCUGAACUCACCAUCAUCAACCGUCUCCGCCACAAGCAUCUUGUUCGCUUACAAGGAUGGUGUCAUCAGAAGGAUAUACUUCUUCUAGUGUAUGAUUACAUGCCAAAUGGGAGCUUGGACAAUCACUUAUUCAAUGGCAAUAAGUUGUUGGGUUGGAAGUUAAGGUACAAGAUCGUAUCAGGCAUAGCAUAUGCACUACAUUACCUCCACAAUGAAUAUGACCAGAAAGUUGUGCACCGGGACCUCAAAGCGAGCAAUAUUAUGCUAGACUCCAAUUUCAAUGCUCGUCUUGGUGACUUUGGGCUGGCCAGGGCUUUGGAGAUUGAGAAAAGCUCUUAUGUUGAGCUCGAGGGAGUGCCAGGAACCAUCGGCUACAUUGCACCCGAGUGCUUUCACACAGGCAAGGCCACAUGUGAGUCUGAUGUCUAUGGGUUUGGGGCCGUACUACUUGAGGUAGUGUGUGGUCAGCGUCCGUGGACCAAGAUUGCAGGCUUCCAGUUCUUGGUGGACUGGGUUUGGUGGCUGCACCGUGAGCGCCGCCUUCUCGAUGCUGUGGAUGAAAGGCUUAGACUUGUCAAUGAUUGCACAGCGGAGGAAGCUGAGAGGCUGUUGUUGUUGGGGCUGGCUUGCUCCCAUCCUAUUGCAAGUGAAAGGCCUAAAACACAUACCAUUGUCCAAAUAAUAUCAGGGUCAGUGGCGGUGGGUCAAGUCCCAUCGUUCAAGCCCGCUUUCGUGUGGCCCUCUGCUGGAGGACCGAACAGCGGCACGACAGAAGAUAUUUCUGCAAUUACAGCUUCAACUACAUCUAGUUGGACACCACAAUGUGUUAGCACAGAAAGUCAUAGCGGAGGAUAUAAUUAUAACUCAUUAUUGUGAUGAGAAGGUUGUUUUUUAUUUUUUGUGAUCAGCUCAACCAAAUCCGCAUGGAUUUAACAUCUUUGGUUUUCCUUUUUGUUUAUGGAAAAUUGUCAAAAUAUCUGGCUUUAUGCCAAGUAAUUCUUUAUGUAGAUAGCAAUGAAUUUCAUGCGAUGAUUGGACAAGUUGAUUAGAGUGCUUUUGUUCGAA